AUGAAUAAACUUGGUACAACACAUAAUCAAAUAGAUGAAUAUUCGAAAAAACGUACUGCUGAAAUAAGUGAUGCUGUAUCAAGUGCAAUUGAAAAAGUUGUUGCUGAUACAGCAACUCAACAACAAAAAUUAUUAUCUGAUGCAAAAGAACGUUCAAAUGCAAUUGAAAAUGAAUAUAAACAACGUUUACAAGAACGUCUUGCUCAAUUAGAUGCUGAAAAAGCUAUUUUAUUAGCUGAACUUGAACGAUCAUUAAAUGAACGUCAAGAAACAAUUUUAAAUAAAGCAAGACAAGAUAUUGAUUUAAUACAAAAUACAGCUAAUGAAAAAAAAAUGGCUGUUUUUAAAGAAGCACAAGCUAGAGCUAAUCAACAAGUUGAUCAAAUAACUGAAAAAGUUGCUGAACUUGUUGCUGAAGAUGCACAACGAAGACUUCAAUCAACAACUCAAACAGUUAGAUUUUUAUUAUUUAUUUUUUUUUUUUAUUUUUUUUUCUGUUUGAUUUAUAUCAUAACAACCAAAUUUUUUGCUACUGGAGAAAAUCAUCAACCAUCAACUAAUGUUGCUUCAAAUAUUACAACGAAUACUAGAAAAACAUCAGAAUCACAUUAA